AAUAAACAAAUAAACAAAUAAAAUAAAAAAAUCGCUUGUGUUAAUUAAAUCUAAUAUUAAUUGCACACGUCAUCAUCAGAUUGAUUAAAUUAAAAUCCAUUUUUGUGUUAACAAUGAAGCAAAAUAUUAAUGACAGUUGACAAGGGACAAAGGAAUCUGUUAAAUGGUUACACUAUCACGAUUAUGCGGAAUUCUGCGUUUUAUCCAAAAUGAAAAGUCAUAAGUGGAAAAGUUGAAUUAUGAUUUUUUUUUUGUUGGUUUCUUUUUUUUUAAUCUGACCAAACAGAAUGAAUUGACGAAAAGGAAAGAACUAAGGAUUGGCCGUAAUAUUGUGGGUGUAUGCUCGAUCGGUAAAUGCUAUGAUUGACUGCUCUCUGUAUUUAUGGACAGGUCUAAGCGAUUUAUUAAGUGGUAACGAUAAAGACAUCGCAAUACAAUGGCCAGAGUGGACAAUUAACAGUGUGGAAUGCGAACGACGCACGUAUGCUUGCCGAGAAGAGCUCAAAAGUUCUAAACAUAGAUGAAAAGGAUCGUGAACUAGCUGAUUCGUGGCACUCAUGGGGUAUAACCGUGCUCGGAUCCUAAUGUCGAAUUGACCUUUGCAUGUAAAAAUGCCCAUCCGCCGAUUGAUUGUUGAUGCUUUGUAAAGAGAACAUGGCUUGACGAGAAUCUUGGCCUCAAAAAAGUUUUAGUAAUUUACUCCGAUCAUUUUCCUAUGAAACUUCUUCCCAAAGUACCAGGGAUUAAGGUCCUGAUGUUAAGACGUGGCAGAAACAUUUGAAUAGAAAUCUUCAGGGUAUAUCCGCCCAAAGCCGAAGCUGCGCCACUCGUUUACGGCAAUGGUAAUUAAGUUCGAAAACAACACGCCCUGGAAUACGGCAUUGAGCGCGAGGACGUGAGGAAAAUGUUCCUCCACUGCUUACGACUAUUAAGAAAGUAUUCCUGUGCUUGUGCGCAGAAGCAGAUCAACAACACAACAAAAGGUUCUGCAAAACUGAAAGCAUUGUGUUCGGGCUUAAGCCUAGGAAAUCGUUGCGACGCAAGAGACUUUUUGGCAAACUUAAGGGCCAAACAUUACGCAGCCUAAUACGACAGUUUUGGCCGUGGGUUUUGAAAAUCUUUUUCGCACACAAAACAGCAUUACAUUUAUUGUUACAAGAUUUGAAAACUGCUGCCAAGGAGCAAAAAUAAUCUAUCAGCUAAGGAUAACAAUGGAAUGUUGCGUGUUCGUCGUGGGAAAGCACCAGAACUUAUAUGCAUUUAUUAAAUCGCGUCAAUUUGCGACGGACAAGCAUUUACCUUUUUCGCCUUUUUCCUGAGUAUUUUUCGCUUCUCCAUCGUGUGCUAAGCAUUUCCUAAUACAAAACAAAACAGACGCUGAGACGUAAAAAAAAGAUCAUCAAUCGUUUUAGAUGAUCGGCUAAAUUUUGUUGAGUAUAAAAUCUAUUCAUUACACUCAUGUCUCUCUAUACAAUUUAUUCAAGUUGUUUAAGAGCUGAACAAACAAAGCAAAGUUAGAAGCUCUGCUUAAUCAAACACUAGAAAUGCAAUAUGAACAAUGAUUUAAGUCAAGCAGUUAGUUUCAAUGGUCAAGCGGCUUAAGAAGUUCUAAAUGCAAAGCGGAAGUUGCCGAGUAAUAAAGAAAUCAUCGAUAGUUUUAGUUAAUCGGUUCAAUAAUGAAAUUAAUCUGCCGUCUAUGGCAGUUAUAUGUUAUGACCAUUGCAGUCGUAAAUGCUGGCGAAUGUGCUCUUAACACCGAAUGCGUAUCGAUUGCCAAUUGCCCCUCUAUCCGAGAUAAUUUCAAUACAAUCGAAGCGAUACCCUACUGCGAUUUGGAUCGGCGCGGUACAAAUGUAUGCUGCUUGAAGCUACCGCAAAAUUAUACAAAACCGAAAGACGUUGAUUUGCCCAUUGUAAGAGAGUGCAGGUCUUAUAGUAGUCUACCGAGAACAUGUUACAAACCUUACGUAGUUGGUGGCACAAUAGCAGAACCAAAAGAGUUACCUUUCAUGGCAUUGUUAUACCGCAAAGAGGCAGACGAAUUCAAUCAAAUUUGUGGCGGUACUUUGAUUAGCAAACGAUAUGUUUUAUCGGCCGCACAUUGUUUCUUUGACGGCGCCUCACCACCUAACUGGGUUCGUCUCGGAGAAUUGAAUUAUACCUCGACCGCAGAUGACGCUUUGCCGCAAGAUAUUGAAAUUAUAAAUUUUAUACCUCAUCACAAAUACCACACCACUGAAGUACAAACUAAAUAUAAUGAUAUUGCCUUGGUCAAGCUGGCAAAAGAGGCCGUCUUCAACGAUUACGUAAGUCCUGCCUGUCUACCUAUAGUGGAUGGUAAUGAGUUUUAUGAAUUUGUUGCUGCCGGUUGGGGUAGCGCAAGUUCUAAUACGAAAUCUUCAAGCCAUUUAUUUAAAGUGAAAUUGGAGCGUUUCGAUGAUGAAAAAUGUUUUCAAAUGAUCGAACGCAACGAGAAGUUGCGAGAAGGAGGCGUUGACAAUCGUACGCAGAUAUGUGCGGGCUCCUUUACCAGCAAUCAGGGAACCUGUUCCGGAGACUCCGGUGGACCACUUUUUGUCUAUCAUCCCGAAUUCCGAUGUCAAUUCCUUGUGGUAGGCGUUACGUCAUUCGGCGAAGGCAAUUGCGGUACCAGAGGCGUUCCAGAUGUUUACACUAAAGUUCAAUUAUAUACCGAUUGGAUACAAAGUAUCAUGAUCAGUUCAAUAAUGAAAUUAAUCUGGCUAUGUUCUAUGAUCAUUCCAGUUGUAAAUGGUACGUAUGCGAAACGGGAAAGAAAGUCUUCCGCGGAAAUAGAAAGUGCUUAUGUGUAUUGCUUUAAAACUAACGAAUGUGCUCUUAGCACCGAAUGCAAAUCCAUUGCCAAGUGUCCCUCUAUCCGAGACAAUUUCGAUUCGACCGAGGCGAAGCCUUACUGCAAUUUGGAUCGUCGUGGUACAAAUGUAUGCUGUGUGAAACCGCUGGAAACUUAUGCACAACCGAAAGAUAAUGAUUUGCGUAUUGUAAGAGAGUGCAAAGCCUACGACAAUCUACCAAGGACAUGUUACAAAUCUCUCAUAGUAGGCGGCGUAGAAGCGAAACCUAAAGAGUUUCCUUUCAUGGCAUUAUUAUACCGCAAAGAGGUGGACGUAUUAAAUCAAAUUUGUGGCGGCACUUUGAUUAGCAAAAAAUACGUUUUAACAGCCGCUCAUUGUUUCUUUGACACCAACUCUCCGCCUGAUUGGGUGCGUUUGGGAGAAUUGAAUUAUACCUCUAAUGACGAUGAUGCUAUGCUGCAAGAUAUUGAAAUUCGGAAUUUUAUACCUCAUCAUCAAUAUCACACAACGAAACUGGAAACUAAAUACAAUGAUAUUGCGUUGGUCAAAUUGGCAAGAGAUGCCGUCUUCAACGAUUACGUAAGUCCUGCCUGUCUGCCGCUAGUCGAUGGCAAUGAUUUCCAAGAAUUUUUAGCGGCCGGUUGGGGUAGCACGAGUUAUAACACGAAAUCUUCAACUCACUUAUUCAAAGUGAAAUUGGAACGAUUCGAUGAUGAAAAAUGUUUUCAAUUAAUCGAACGCAGCACCGAAUUGGAAAAGGGUGUCGACAGUCGUACACAAAUAUGUGCGGGCUCUUCUACCGGCAAUCACGGUACUUGCUCAGGAGAUUCCGGUGGCCCGCUUUUUGUUAAUCAUCCCGAGUUUCGCUGCCAAUUUCUUGUAGUGGGUGUUACGUCUUUCGGUGAAGGUGGUUGCGGUAAUAAAGGCUUCCCCGAAGUUUACACUAGAGUCAAACUAUAUAUCGAUUGGAUAGAAAGUAUCGUUUGGGAUUAAAUUAAAAGAAUAAUGAAGUUUUAAUAAAUGAUUUGCACAUAAAUAA